GGAGUGCCAUACUAGCCAGGCCAGCACCAGCACCAGCACCAGCAGCUGACACUUUCUCUCUGGGCCGAAAGCGGGGUCAAGACGCUUUCAUGACGGGCGGUUCUUCAGUCAACGCUGGCAACUGAUCGCGCGAGCAAUGGAAAAUACGCCUCUCAAGUUUCCACACGAAAUUCGCGAUGUGGAGGAGUCCACCAAUGCUGAGCUAUUGGAUCACUUCCAUGGUGAGCGAACUGGCUUCGUUCAGGUCGGAUCGGAGGGUUACUUCUUUCCGCACAAGUACAAGGACGAGGCCGAGCGGUACUACAACUUUGAGGCACGGCCGGAUGACGUGUGGAUAGCCACGGUGCCCAGAUCGGGCACCACUUGGACGCAGGAGCUCAUUUGGCUGGUGGCCAAUGGGCUGGAUUUUGAGCAUGCCCAGGAGCGACCACUAACCGAACGCUUUCCAUUCUUUGAAUUUCCGCUCUUUGUGCAUCCCAAAAUUAAGGAAGAGCUGCAGGAGGAAAACCGAGACUCGGCUGAAGCUCUGGAGUUCAUUGAGAAGAUAGCUCGACCGGGUUACGAGGCUUUGAGCGAAAUACCACGCUCGCAGCGACGGUUUAUCAAAACGCAUUUCCCCUUUUCUCUAAUGCCGCCUAGUGUUCUCGAAAAGAAGUGCAAGGUGAUCUAUGUGGUUCGUGAUCCCAAGGAUGUUGCAGUUUCCUACUACCAUUUGAACAGACUCUUCCGCACCCAAGGAUACGUCGGAGAUUUUGAGCGUUACUGGCAUUAUUUCCAAAACGGAUUAAAUCCCUGGCUGCCCUAUUACAGUCACGUUAAGGAGGCGCGGGAGCAUGCCCAUUUGUCCAAUGUACUCUUUCUGCGCUACGAAGACAUGUUGGCUGAUCUGCCAGGUGCAAUCAACAGCAUAGCCAGCUUCUUAGAGUGUCCACCGAAACCCGAGGAUAUGGAUAGGCUACUCGAUCAUCUGAGCAUCAGAAGCUUCCGUGAGAACAAGUCCGUAAACAUGCACGAAAUGGCUUCCGUUGGCGUUCUCAACAAAGGAGAGGCAGGAUUCGUGCGCAGCGGAGCCAAGACAGCGUAUCAGCCGCAACAGGAGUUCGUGGAGAAUCCGAAGCUUUUGAAGAGCGCCAACGAGUGGGUGGAACAGAAUAUUAAAUCAUUCAAGACCAUAUGAAAUACC